GAAGCCCUAGGAGCUGCUGAGGCCACCACAGUGGUGGCAAAGACUGGGCAGCUGGACCAGGGCCUUCCCCACCUCCCAGGUUGUCCAUGGAUUUUGUUGCUGGAGCCAUUGGAGGCGUCUGUGGUGUUGCUGUGGGCUACCCCCUGGACACGGUGAAGGUCAGGAUCCAGACAGAGCCGAAGUACACAGGCAUCUGGCACUGCAUCCGGGACAUAUAUCGCCAAGAGCGGGUGCGGGGCUUCUACCGAGGCCUCUCGCUGCCCGUGUGCACAGUGUCGCUGGUCUCCUCGGUGUCUUUCGGCACCUACCGCCACUGCCUGGCGCACAUCUGCCGGUUCCGGUACGGCAGCUCCGAGGCCAAGCCUGCCAAGGCCGACGUCACGCUCUCGGGAUGCGCCUCGGGCCUCGUCCGAGUAUUCCUGACGUCGCCCACUGAGGUGGCCAAGGUCCGCCUGCAGACGCAGGCGCAGGCGCAGCAGCGGCGGCCCUCGGCCUCGGGGCCUUCGGCCGCUCCCCCUGUGUGUCUGGUUCCUGGGCCCAAGUACCGCGGGCCACUGCACUGCCUGAUCACCGUGGCCCGUGAGGAGGGGCUUCGGGGCCUCUACAAGGGCAGCUCGGCCCUGCUUCUCCGGGAAGGCCACUCCUUCGCCACCUACUUCCUCUCCUAUGCCAUCCUCUGUGAGUGGCUCACUCCUCCUGGCCACAGCCAGCCAGAUGUUCUGGGUGUGCUGGUGGCUGGAGGCUGUGCAGGGGUCCUGGCCUGGGCUGUGGCCACCCCCAUGGACGUGAUCAAGUCUCGCCUGCAGGCGGAUGGCCAGGGCCAGCAGCGCUACCGGGGUCUCCUGCACUGCGUGGUGACCAGUGUGCGGGAGGAGGGGCUGAGGGUGCUCUUCAGGGGGCUGGCGGUCAACUGCUGCAGGGCCUUCCCUGUCAACAUGGCGGUCUUUGUCACCUACGAGGCCGUGCUGAGGCUCACCAAAGGCCUGUUCGCAUAGCCAGUCCAGUGGCUGCCAGAGGAAGAGGUAGCUGGAGGAGGAAGGCAGUGGGUGGGGUGGGACCCCCUGGGGCCAUCACCCAGGACAGCUGGGGGCCAACCUGCAGCAAUUGGGCUGAGACCUGAGCGUGGCUGUCUGCUGACCAGCACAGGUCAAGGAACUGAUCUGCCUCACAGGAUUGGCCCCAGGGGCUGGUGAGCCAGGGAGUAGCAGCCCUUUGGGUGAGGCCAUGUCAUAUGGGUCCUCUGCCUUUUUAAAUGUUUUUUUUAUUUUUAAAUUUUAUUUUUUCCUCGUCUGCCUUUUGGUCAGUGGUUUGUUCUUCUGUUGCCUCCGCCGUACCCGGGUCCUCAGAGCAGCCCCACUUGGCCACCCUCUGCCUCCUCCUGCCAGCUCCACUGCUCCUCACGCUGUCCCCUCUAGGCAGGCUCUGCUGUGCCCCUGCCACAGGGAGUGAGACCAAAAUGUCUGACCCAGGCCUGGCUUGUUCCUGCCCCAGGCUGCCCCAGGAGGGGCACCCACCUGGGUUUUGACUGGCCAGGCCACAGGGCCGCCCUCCUUGCCCAGCUGGGGAGCUCUGCACAAGGUUUAAUCUUGCACCUCUAUCUGUGGACACGUCUGCCACGGGGAGACCCUGAAGACUCACCAGGAGCUGCUGUCAAUAAAGCAUUUCUCAGACUGA